UCUGACGGAUUACAGCUUUUAACUCUUCUAUGAACAGUGAAGGUGCGUUUUUAUUCCAGCAGUAACUAUCCUCUGACUUGUUAUCUUUAUUUAUAACGUCCUGUGUGUUGCGUUCAAAGCCGCUGUUCGCUGUUGGAUUAUUUGAUGUCGCUUCACGCGUCACGCUGCCGCUACAACUAACUUCAAACACUUGUGUGAAUCCGUAAAGUGCAACAGUGAAGAGACAUUAUGUCAGCAUCCGUGGAAAUAACUCACUAACUGAAAGCUACAGACGAUCCGACACUGUCCAGGAUUUUAAACAAGGCUGUCGUGGAGGUAAGGGUUCCCAGUCCAUUGUGGGAUGUUAACUGACUGGUGGCGCGUUGAGGCUGAAGGAGCAUGGUGAAACACCAACCCUUACAGGUCUAUGAGAAACAGGUCUUUGUGUCCUUUGUCACUGGGAUCUAUGGUUGCCGCUGGAAACGCUACCAGCGUUCGCAAGAGGAAAGCUCCAGGUGGGAGUGUACAUGGUUCAUCCUCUUGUGCAGUUCUUUCUUCCUGCUUCUCUUUUGGGCCUACUUCUGGUUGGUGGCUCAAAAUGAUUUCAACGAGUUUAACUGGUCGGUGUACAACCGCUCUGGAGAAUGGAGGGAUGAGACGAUCCCCAUCCUCGCCUCCACCACCGUGGGAUUCAGCUAUAUCACAUUCUUAAUGAUUUUAGCCCUUUUCCACAUAUCUUUGGGCCAGCAGCUGAACCUCUACUGGGUUCACAAGAUUGGAGUGUUGGCUACGCUGCUCACCACUAUUUCUGGUGUUGUUUCUGUUGAUGACGUAUGGGGAGAUGAGUGGGACAUCCUGCUGGUAUCUCUGCAGGCCACAGCACCUUUCCUGCACAUUGGAGCUCUGGCAACAGUCACAGCUAUCAGCUGGUUGGUGGCUGGAUACGUAUUCCGCAGAGAGAAAUCCACCUUCCAGACGAUGUUGUUGCUGCUCUACAUCGUGGUCCUCCUGGCUCUCUACCUGGCACCGCUCACCUUCACCUGCCCCUGCAUCAUGGACCGCCACAGCCUCAGACCUCGGCCAGACAUCAUUGGCCGACGUGGAGCUCCCAUGCUGGCCCCGGAGAACACCAUGGUGUCCUUUAACAGAGCCCUGCAGCAAGGAGCCAGCUCCCUGGAGGCAGACGUCGCUAUCAGUGUGGACGGUGUCCCCUUCCUCAUGCGAGACCGAACGUUGAGACGGACCACAGACGUCAGUAAGGUUUUUCCAACCAGACAGUACGACGACGCCUCUUUCUUCAACUGGACAGAGAUCCGCUCUUUAAACGCAGGACAGUGGUUCUUGGAGAGCGACCCCUACUGGACAGUAGACUCCCUGACAGGGAGAGACCGGAGCCGGAUAGGCAACCAGACGGUUUGCAGCCUGGUGGACAUGCUGCGUCUGGCGAACCGGGCCAACGGCUCGGCGCUGCUCAACGUCCGCAAGCCUCCAGCGGAGCACCCGCGGGCCCGGAGCUGGUUCAUGGACACGCUGUGGGCCGUGCAGAAAGCAGGGAUUUCCCAGAAGAGGGUGACGUGGACCCCCGACACGGACAGGGGGAGGGUACGAGGGCUUCCUCAGACAGCAAACGAGAAGCUGUCAGUGGAAGAGAUCAGGCAGAGAGGAAUCACAAGCCUGACCCUCCACUACAGCCAGGCCAGCCACAGAGACAUACAGGAGUAUCUGGCCAAUAACGUGAGUGUGACGGUGUACCCGGUGAACGAGCCCUGGCUCUACUCCAUCCUGUGGUGUAGCGGGGUGCCUUCUGUGUCCUCUGAUGCCCCCCAAGUCCUCCGAAAGGUGCCUUACCCCAUCUGGCUCAUGAGUCAGAAUGCUUUCGACUUCAUCUGGAUCACUUCAGAUCUGGUCUCGCUCGCUGUAGUCAUAGGGAUUUUCUGUUUUCAAAACUAUCAUAUGAUCAGGUGGAGGAUGAGUGGGAUGCAGACCUACAACCCAGAGCAGAUCAUGCUGAGCGCUGUGACCCGCCGGGCCAGUCGGGACGUCAACAUCAUGAAGGAGAAGCUCAUAUUCUCAGAAAUCAACAAUGGGCUGAGCAGUACAGAGGAGCUGUCUCUGUACCCUGAGAACGGUUAUGCCACUUACUCUCAUGGACGCCUCAGUCCCUGAACACAACACGCUGCUACAGCUGCCAGAUCUCCCAUGUCCGUUUGAUUUCAGAGCUUCACUCACUGGAUGUUAUUUUCCUAUCAGAGUCAAAAAGGAGCACAACGACGAAAGCAAGUGAAACAGUAUAUUAGUAAAGUUAUGACAGCACGGACACCAAAUCUUGUCUAAAAUAUGGACAAUUAAACUUAUUUGGCCUAUUGAUUCAUCACUUUUAAAGUAUCCGCUUGCUUAUAUGCAAGUUAAUGUAAUAUAUGUAUGCAUGUAAUAUAAUUUUGUAUGUGUUUUUUUGAACGAGACUGCCAGUCUAAGCCACAUUCCUCCGAAAUAGUUCACCGUUUACCUUUAAAGUUGCUGUCAGAAGUCAUUUUUCUUACUUUCAGUGUUAUAAAAAUCUUUACUAGGAACUCAUGGCUGGCUUGUCUCUGUGUUGUCAUCGUGUAAAAGGUCAGCUGACCAAAGAGAAAAUGUCACAUGAUGCGCCCAACGCUAUUUCCUCCUGAACUGAAUCCAUUUACCAGGUGAAACUGGAAUUGGAGUUUUAAAACCAUGUUGGAAUCAUAAUUUAAAUACGACAUCAUCAUAUAGUAACAUGACUCCCACAUUAUUUCAGGCUAAAUUUGGUGAUAUGAGUGGUGAUUGGGCCCAAAAUCCAUUUGACUAUCAUGAGAACAAAUCUCCGUCUGUUUGCUUGAGUGACCUUCUCAAAAGUAAUUCUUGAGCUGAUAAAAGCUGUAAUGUUAUUUUUUUCCACGUCAUGUAUUUCACUGUUGUUUUAUAACAGGAGUAAAUGGGUUAUGUAGUGUUCUGUACUAUAAACUGAUGUAAAUAUGAGUUGUUUUUUUAAUGGUUUGGUUAUAUCAAUUGUAUAUUUCCUGUUUUCUUUCAUUACUAUUAUUACUGAUGUCUUCUUUUAAGUGCGAAACACACAAUAGGGGCGACUUGGAAACUUAAUUUCUUGCAGUUUUGUGGGACGUGGAGGGGUUUGGGGAGUAUUUUUUGUGUUCUAAUCUUUUUUUUCUGCCUCUUUUCUGUCAUGCCAUGAUUGAUUUGUUAUAUAGUUUUAGCUACUACAACUUUCACUUGGCUGCCUUUUUGUGAAAUUCAUGAACUGGGAGAAUAGUUUAGGAUAUUUUUUGUCUUUAAUUUAAUAAUAGGGAGAUACAAUUCAAGGUACAACUUUAGCUGCAGACGUGCAGACUGUUCAAUAAAAGUGAUCUGUCCUCUUUGAAA